UCAUAUGAGAUAGCCUACAAGAUUUGUUUAGAUUUGACCAUACUAUCUAAUUAUUACGACAUAAUCAUUUCUCAUAAUCAUGAGGCAGCUAUCAUAACUAUGAGAAACAAUAUAGCUUUUUAACCUACUGGCAGAAAUGGGCUUCCACAGACAGUAAACUAAUCAAAGACAAGACAAUUAAACUGGUUUGUUUUUAUUUAACAAAGUAUAACGAAAUACAGUUUUUACAAUGUUUUUUAAUUGAAAGAUUCAAAUAUAAUACACAAAAAUUGCUCUGAGUAUUCAUGCCAUACAUGGCACAAUUACCUUGUUGCUGUUGAUGCUUGAUAUAAUUCAUAUAGCAGUUUAGUUCCUGUCCUACCACGUGAUUGCAGCGUCUGUUAACGCCCAGGUCACGUGCUGACGCUGAACGAGCCAAUCCUGAGCGCUGACAGGAUCCAGCUGACAGUAAACACAACACGGUGCACAUUUCACCUGCCUACGAUGCACGCUUCGGCUCUUCCCACCGCAGACACCCCUCACACCCGUCCCCUAUGGCAGCCUGGAUGCUGCGUGAGUGUUAUGUCCUUUUCUGGCGAGUAUCCCUUUAGCAGCCAGCGGGACGCGGUGCGAGCUUAUUGACACCCGGAGCUCGUGAGCCCUCCAUCCGGCAGCAGCGGCACCAUGGCACCGUCCCUCAUCCGAACUUGUCGCAGUCUGGCGCUCUCGACGUGGCUGCUGUCGUUCUGCUUCGUCCACCUGCUCUGCUUGGAUUUCACGGUGGCGGAGAAGGAGGAGUGGUACACGGCGUUUAUCAACAUCACCUAUCUGGACCCCGCUACCAAGGAGGUCAGGACGGAGAAAACCGAGUGCGGGCGGUACGGCGAGCAGUCGCCCAAGAGAGAAGCCAGGGGUCUGGUUCUGGCCCCGGCCCUCGUGCAGGACAGACAGGCGUGCUACCCGAACGUCAGGUUCCCCCCCGUCCCUCAGAGCUCCGCCUGGGUGGCGCUGGUGGCUGCAGGGAAUUGUACGUACCGGGAGAAAAUCCGUAACGUGGCCAAGCACAACGCUUCUGCUGUUGUCAUAUUCAACAGUGCCAACGACACCAUAACAAUGUCCCAUCCGGAUACCGACAGCAUUGUGGCUGUCAUGAUCCCAGAGCCUAAAGGUCGGGAGAUCGUGGUCCUGCUGGAGAGGCACAUUGUGGUCACUAUGCACAUCACUGUAGGAACCCGCAACCUGCAGAAGUAUGUGAGCAGAACAUCUGUGGUGUUUGUCUCCAUCUCCUUCAUCAUCCUCAUGAUCAUCUCCCUGGCUUGGCUCGUCUUCUACUACAUCCAGAGGUUUCGCUACGCUAAUGCACGAGACCACAACCAGAGGCGUCUUGGAGAUGCUGCUAAAAAAGCAAUCAGUAAGCUCCAAGUGCGCACCUUAAAGAAAGGAGACAAGGAAAUUGAGUCAGAUUUUGACAACUGUGCAGUUUGCAUCGAGUGUUAUAAACCUAAUGAUGUUGUGAGAAUAUUACCAUGCAGACAUGUCUUCCAUAAACACUGCGUAGAUCCAUGGCUAAAAGACCACCGAACAUGUCCAAUGUGCAAAAUGAACAUCCUUAAAGCUCUGGGCAUCCCGUUCAAUGCAGACUGCACAGAUGAGACUCCUCCAGACUACGAGGCGACAGGCGGGGGUCCUCUCACCAAUCCCAUCAGCGCUGCGAGCCAAAUCACGGUUAAUGAGAGCUCUGUGGUUCUGGAUCCUGCAGAAGAUGAGAUGGAUCUGCAGCAGCUUCAUGAUGAUGUCGAAACAGCACCGCAGGACAGACGGAGCCACAUCAUGGCAAGCAGUGAGUACCGGCCUCCGCUCAGGAGUGAUUCGGACACGUCAGCCAUCAUGAGUGUGGACGUCAGUGUUUCCGAUGCAGACCCGUCCAUGGGCAGGAAUCUGAUGGAGCCAAGCCCAGAGCCAAUCACUGCUGAGAAGAGGUUUCUAAGAGGAGACUAACGCAAAGCCAGAGGACUCAGAGAUUAGUGGGAUCUGUGGCUCAUUCAGAGAAAGAAAAAAAAGAAGAAGCUGCUCAAAAAAUCAAAAAGUAACAGCCAAUCAGGUCUCUUAUUGUAAAGCUCCAGUUUUAACCUUGUAGUCGAUGCUGGAGUCGGCGGCAGAAGGCAGCUCUUGUCCUCUGCUGAACGGGAGCAGCGGAGCCUCUUUAAUGCAUGUGUGCAGCUCUAGUUAGCAUGAAAACGUUACUGAUGUCCCACGACUCCGUACAACAUCACUGCCAACAAUCCCACAGCUGUUACUGCUGUGAUGGACACACUCAUGGUUCAGUGGCCGUUUUCUAGGUCCUGAAACUUCCGAAAACUUGCAUAUUUGGUUUAAGAUUUCAACAAGCAGUGAAGGCGUCUGAGUAUGUACAUGAAGCACAGGUUCAUCUCCUAGUUUGUAAAUGUUGCUAAUCUAAGAUUCUGCUUUACUGACUGAAAAUGCCUGUUGUGGAAAUGCCACAAGGCCGUUAUCUCUCACCUUUGACAAUCGCAUCUUGUCUAAAGCGGUUUGAAGUGAUGUCACCCAUCGCCCUGAUGAAACUGCUGCUAGUUAUCAGCACAAGCAUCAAGUUAUUGAUCACUCUCUGCUGAUUGUCACCACUCCUCCCACACCGAUGUGACUUUCACUCUCUGACAUUUUGGACCUUUAAUAUACAAACCUGCACUUGUCAAGCCAGUCCGCCAAAUAGGUAUGUCCACUUGUCCUUGUGCCAAGCUUAUCUGUCUUUUUUUUUUUUUUUUAAUAAAACCAGUUUUCUGGCUUUAGAUCAUUUAAAAAUUUUAAAUCUAAGAUAUAAGAUGAAGAUACGGGGUUAAGUUGGUAACAUCUUUUGGGGAAAUUGUGAUAUUUGAAUAAAAAUUUGUAAAAUCUGUUGGCUUCUGUUCAAAACCAUAUUUUCAAUUGGGUUAGAAAAUAAUAUCCUAACUAUUGUAGAUAGCGCGUUCAAAUGCCUCAGUUAGAAAAAACAGAUCAGAUUGACAAACUAACAGCUAGUACCAGCAGGAAUGAUAACAGAAUAAAAAAUCUGACAACCUAAAACAACUUUAUACUCAGUUUUUGGCUGUUGAUGCAAAUGCUGUUGGAUAAAGGCGUUACAUCGCAUUGACUCACGUGUGUAUUUAUGUGGCAUUGUGUGGUUAAUUGUAGCAGCAGCUAAGCUGUAGCACUGCUGUUCAACCUCAUGCUAGAAUAUCAUUAUAAUUCCACCAAAAUGACCAUGUAAAGUGAAAUCAUGGUUUAUAAAAUAACAUUUGCAUGGAUUGCUGUGAAUUUUGAGUCUAGAUUUUUUUAAGGGUGCAGCAACACAUUUUGGUCUGUUUCUCUAAACUGAGGUUUUUCAUAAAGCUGUAUAUAAAGCAUUGUAUAUUUAUGAUAAUGUUUAUUAUUUGUAACCUUUCUACAAUGGUAUGAUUUUGACAACCCAGAUGCUUCGUGAUGGUUUGAGAACUUUUCUGACUGACAGCUUUUGGGGGGGUAAAAAAUGAGCUGUUGUUUCUCACAAGAUGUUCUUUAUUUAUGCGACAGUCACUGGCGAUGGUUCAUAGUGAGUUCCAGUUAGCAUCCUAAGUGUCCAGUCUAUUGUUGUCUCUUGCUAGCCCUCCAACUUCCCGCCCAUGGGGUAAAACACAUUUUAGUCAUGAAACCCAGAAUUUUGAGGGCUUCUCGGUUUUAUUUCCAGCACUAAUUCUUCCUGUGCAGGACCAAGCAACAUAAAAGCACAAUUUGCCUCUUCUAGUAGCUGGAGAUAAAAAAUAAUGAACUGAAUAGCUGCUAGAGAUCAACAUAAAAGAUUUUUUUAAAGCAGACUUAAGUUGGGCCAAAGUCUCACAGUUGUAAAUUAUUUUUCAUGUUUUUAUCAUCACAAAUUCUCUUUUUUUUUGUCAGUUACACUAAAAUUAAACAUUGAUGACUCAUUCUAAAAAUCUCCAAAUUAAAGGUGUGGUUCACUGAAAAAAACAUUUUUU